GCCCGCAUCUACACCCGUCGCGGUGGUAGCAGUACCCGAACGUGGGCAGAAAUCGAUUUGUCUAACAGGAUAGAUGAGCCUAAAUCUAUGACCGAAAAAGUGGACACAGGCUCGUGCAUCUGCCUGUGGGCUCGUCCCUCCGUCAUUCAGUCUAUCUGGGCGUCUGAAAACAACUGGAAUGCAUGUGAUUCUCGGAACCGCCUCCCAGAAGCCUGUGUCUAUGUGCGUGUGUGGCUGUCUGCUUCCGUGUUAAGACGAGCAAUUGCUCCAAGACGGUGGAGGCGAAUUGGAGACGAGUUGGCUUCGGCCUGA